CGAAAACAGACAGGUCCCGCCAAUACCUUGUCCCUUUCUUACCCCCACUAUGAAAGCAUGGGCUUUUUCACAUCCAGAAAGGACGAGCCCAAGGAGAAUACCCAUUUCCGCCCACCUAUACCCGUCGAAACUGGCUUCAAAUCCCUGCGUUCGCGACUCCAAGGAUAUGGCCGUAAACGCGAUUCACCUCAGACUAUGUUCUCGCAGCCGAGUUCGGUUGCCCAGACGUUGUCGCCACCCAUUGCCACCCCCAUCGCGAAUCGACAAUUGCAGCUCAAGCUCAGUUCAUCCUCACCAGCCUUGCGUAAUCCCAAUCCCGCUCCGAACAAUAAUUCGAAACCAGCCAAGUCUAGCAAUGGAAGCAUGGCAGCAAACGCAAACAGACGUUCAAUGCAACCGCCUUCUUCCUCACCAGAAUCGACUGAUACCCGCAACCCCGCAUCGCGCUCCCGUGCUCUUGGUACCAAAACCUCGUCUUCGUCGCUUAUUACGCCCCCAAAGCAGUCGGACAAUAUCACCGCGACCCUUGCCCAGCGGUUGAAUGAGCUUGCUGUAGCCAACUCGGAGGGUCUACUCGACGACGACGAGUAUCGCCUGUUGAGGCAAGAUCUUUUCGAGCGGUUUACGAGCACCAAUGUUGUCCCCACCGAAACCCCCGUUGUACCUAUAGCAUCUCACCAACGCUCUGUCCGUAUAUCCACUGCAACAACGGGCAAACGACCCUCGAUAGAUUCCGCUCGUGUAUCUAUUUCCACUUCCUCUAACUUCGUCAUUGACCGGCCAACGACCUCUUACGCUCCUUCUACCAACUCAAGAUCAUCCAUUUCAGGGGUUGCAAGCCUCUUUCGUCGCGCUACUGGCCGCCAGAGCUCAUCUCGAGAUGACGCUUCCAGUGUGUACUCCUCGACUUCAGCCGUGGGAGAGUCGGCUGCCACCCGAAUCAAGCGUCUUUCCAAGAAGAAGAGUAAUUCAUCUCUGAAUACUGAUCGCGGAGACGCAGUCUCUAUUUCGUCUCGUCGGACUGGGACUUCACUCGCGUCGCCAGUCGAACCGAGUGGUACCGCCCCAUCAGUUCGCUCAAUACGCAAGCUUCCUAUGCCUCCCUCAUCAUUUCCAACUCGACUACCUGGAGUUGAAAGCAGAUAUGCGGGGAUGAGCGCCGAUCCGCCACCAACUCCUGGCGCAGAUGAUCCGGAAUCGGCACAAGCACUGCGCAAGGAAAUCCAAGCGGUCGAAGCUGAGGCUCGCAGAUUAUUAGACGCGUUUAACGGUCUGGAGCUAUCUACGCUUACUAAACAUCGACGAACAUCAGCAAUGGGCCCACGAGAUUCUGUAGCCACACUUAUUCCUGGCCAGUCUCAUCAACACUCUCUCAAUGUCAGCGAUACCGCCUCCAUGCGGUCAGCAACUUCGGCUGGGACAUCGGCAAGUCGAACCAGUCGGCACAAAGCCAAAGGGCCGAUGUCUAUGCAUGGCUAUAGCUCGCGUUCUGAUUCAGGCUAUGCCACAAGCUCAUUGCGUGGUGGAACGCUUGACCGCAAAAACUCGGUCUCUAGUAUGGGUUCGUCGCGGUUGGGUAUUGGGCCGCGAAGGGCUGCAAGUGAUGGUACAACCAAUCACCAUUCUGGUGGACUGGCUCCACCAGUACCACCCUUACCGCUUGGAAUGUCACUCGGCCCAAGUAGUACAAGCACAACGAGUUUAGUCAGAAGCACGAUGGGUGUGGUGCAUGAAGAUGAGCCUAUACUCACUGUGGAUCUGGACGAGGAGCGCGCUUUCGGACAGGAGAUGGAUGAUUUGCGGAGGAGAAGGGAGGAGGUGGCGGGUCGAUAUGAGACUCGCCUAGAGUAUUUGAGGGCCAAGCUAAGGGGAGCAGAGUUGCACGAAAAACUUAUGUCUAGGUGA